AUGCUGGACGUUAAGGAGAUUCAGAGACAGGGGAUGUUUGUCGUCAAGAAACGCCAAAGCGGUGAGCCUGUUGACGCCUGUGAGCAGAAGCAGGCAACAUGGGAAUUCAUGACCUCUGUAAUCUCGAGAAUAGUACCACUUUACCAGCAGGUUGCCGACAUGGGAUUGUACCGCAAGAAACAUACGUCUGCCAUGAACAGCAACACGACUGCCAAGAGCACGCAGCAACGUUUGUUCAUAAGAGUUCUUGACAGAUUUACAGCACGAGUAUCGUAUGAUCGUGGAAUAUAUGAGUAUGCUUCAAGGUUUGGAGAUUGCAGUGAAAAAAUGCAACAAGUCCAGAGACGUAGCAACGCCGUGAUCGAGAGAGGACUGCGACUAGCGCAAGAGGAGCAGGCAUCAAGGACCAUCGCUUGUGAGAAGGUGGAGCAGGAAGGCACGAUUUGUGUCUCAGCUGCAACUGGUCAAAGAGCUAAGAAAAAAGGAGUGCCAUUGUGGAUGCAUAAAGGAGUGCCACGUGCUACUACAACGAAAAAUUGCGUUGUAUGGUUAGAGCUGUGA